AUGGCAAUAACAAUCAUUCGAAGUCUAUCGAUAUAUUCCGCCCUCACUUUUUUUCUAUCACUUUCAGCAACAUGGAAACCUACCUAUGCACAACUGUCAGAAAAUGCGACUGAUGACAGGCUCACCGUAGCUCUUGGGACAACAAGUCGAACUUUAUCAGCACUUGGAACGUUAACGAGGGCUCCUUUACCUACCGAGUGUUUUUCGUUAGGAGGAGGAGGGAAUGCUGCUGCUGUUGGAACUCGGUUUCAAGGAUGUGAUGCUGAACGCCAGAAGUCGUGUUGUCCAGGUGGAUAUUCCACGGAUGGGUUCUAUUAUGCAACUGAAUGUCCUAUGGGGUAUACGCCCCGGCCGACGGAUCUUGAUACGGCGGUGGGUGCUUUUUCUGUGGAUAGGACGAAGGAUAGUGUGGCGUUCUGCUGUCCGACUCCAAACCCAAGCAGCGGAUGGAGAGAAUCCGGAUUCUACAUGUCCGAUGGGCUAAUAUGUAACUGGGAUUCAAUCGAAUCUGGAAUAUCAACGACGGUUUAUAACCGAGCAUUGGCAUCUGCGAUUGUGAUUGUCAUGACUGACACUUUACUUCGGUUAUCAGCAUCAUCAGCUGGCACUUCUACAAGAGGCACGGACAGGAAUAACAGCCCAGCUGAAACAAGUGGUUCGGCAGGAGAUCAAGGAGGGACAAGUUCAGGAGGGAUGUCAAACGGUGCGAUCAUCGGUAUAGCAGUGGGAGUCGGAUUUCCGGUUUUGGCGAUCAUCGGGUUUUUGAUAUAUAAGUUUGGUCGUGGUGGGGGCACUAAGAAGGAGGAAGGAGAUGGAAAUCAAAGAGUUGAAGAGGGUGGAGUUGGGGGUAUGAUGUAUUGA